ACCAAUCAGUGAAGAGUGCGUUUCUGGCCAAUAGUGUCGCGGCUCUCGCGGCGGUCUCUUCCGAGGCGUCCUUGGGAAGCCCCACCGCUCCCCGGCCGGCCUGCGCUCUGUCACGUGGUCGCUAAAGGGGCGGGACCCACGCCUGGCCCGCACCUUAGACGGGAAAGGCUGAGUGCGGCGCCGCCAUUUUGUGGAAGAGCGCUGUGCUUUCCCUAUCCCUCCUAAUCGCGGCUCCCUACGGCCUCCGAUCUCUGAGCCUUCCCAUCCCACCACAGACCUUUCCUGUUGCGUUCUGAUUCCAAGGUCCACACAACUAGGCCAUUUUUCCUGCCUGGUGUCCUUCUGACCUCUUGACCUCUGACUCAAAGCCUUGCAACCCAACUGCGUGCCGCAGAUCUGGUUCCGAAUCAGAGGACGCCGCCGUCACCCUCAGAGCCCUCCGGAUUUGAGUCCAUCCCAGUCCUCGCUCCCAUGGUUCCAAGUUUAGCUCCGGUUCUUUCAAUCCCGUUGCUCAGCCUCCCACUUCCGGGCCUCCGUCCUAAAUCCUUCAAAAUCUCCAUCCCUGAGACCAGCCCAUUUUGAAGGAUCAAUCUCUCUCCCAUUCUUCCAGCCCAUGGACUCCAAAAUGACUUCUUUAUGCGCUUCCCCGCUGGAGUCCCCAGUCUCUCCUUCAUCCCAGGCCCCGGUCAUCCCACCCCCACCCCCGGCCCCACAUCUAAUGGUGGAAGCCUUUCCACCCUCUCCCUCAGGUCUCCAGGCACCUGUUCCCCCCCCUCCGCCCCUGCCACCGCCGCCCGCCUCGGCUGCCGCUCCCCCUCACGUCUUCGGCCUGGAGAAGAGCCAGCUGCUGAGAGAGGCCCUGGAGAAGGCCGGCCCGGCCCCCGGGAGCAGGGAAGACGCCAAGAGGCUCCUGAAGCUUCACAAGGACCGUUUCAGAAGUGACUUGCAGUGGAUCCUCUUCUGUGCAGACCUGCCCUCCCUCAUCCAAGAAGGCCCUCAGUGUGGGCUGGUGGCCCUGUGGAUGGCAGGCACUCUCUUGGUACCCCCCAGCGGCAUCCCCUUGGAGAGACUCGUGCACAUGGCCGUGGAGAAAGGCUACACGGCCCAGGGAGAGAUGUUCUCCGUGGCCAACAUGGGCAGGCUGGCUGAGGAGGCAUUAGGCUGCCAAGUUGAGCUGCUCCGUGGGGGCCUGGGUGGUCCCAACAAAGGCCGUGUGCUGCAGCACCUUGUCUCUGGACACCCCUUGCUCAUCCCCUACGAUGAAGACUUCAACCAUGAACCCUGUCGGCGGAAGGGCCACAAGGCCCACUGGGCAGUGAGCACAGGGGUCCUGUUGGGUGUUCGGGGCGUGCCAAGCCCCGGCUACGCUGAGGACCCUGAGCUGCCAGGCCUGUUUCACCCAGUGCCCAGCAUGCCCCACCAACUGCCAUCCCUGCCAGAGGAAGGCUCGCUGGGAGCAGUCUACCUUCUUUCCAAGCAGGGCAAGAGUUGGCACUACCAGCUGUGGGACUACGACCAAGUCCAGGAUAGCAACCUACAGCUGACGGACUUCUCCCCCUCUCGGGCCGCUGAUGGCCAGGAGUAUGUGGUUCCUGCUGGUGGGGUGCGAGCUGGCCUCUGUGGCCAGGCCCUGCUCCUCAGACCACAGGACUCCAGUCCCUAGCCUGCUGCUGUCCUGAACUGGAGGUGAUAGAACCCAGACCCCAGCUUCUCCCUUUGUGUAACCACUCCAGGGUUUGGGCUGGAUCUCUAAUGGACCUUCAGCCAGAGGUCGUUUUUGCAGGAUCCCCUCCACUCCAUUUUUAAAAAAAUAUAUUUUAUUGAUUUUUUACAGAGAGGAAGGGAGAGGGAUAGAGAGUUAUUAUAGAAACAUUGAUGAGAGAGAAACACCAACCAGCUGCCUCCUGCACACCCCCUUCCAGGGAUGUGCCCACAACCAAUGUACAUGCCCUUGACCGGAAUCGAACCUGGGACCUUUCAGUCUGCAGGCCGACGCUGUAUCCACUGAGCCUCCAGCUCCUGCAUCCCCUCAGAAUUGAACACCUACUCUGUGGGCUGAGGUUAGAGCCAGAAGCAAGACAAGCUCCCUCUUUCAGGGGAGAGAGUGACUACAGCUCAGACCCUGUGUCUCGUCCACACCCCCUGAAAUGUUGCAUCCAUUCGUUUCACUGGUGGCCCCCCUCUUUUGAACCAUCCACAUCUCUCUGGACAUCUGCAAGAGCUUCACUGGGCUCCCUGCUGCCCCCAGAAUCUUCACAUGGGGUCAGGGCUGAGAGAACACCAAAAAAGCAAACUAGUUCUCCUCCAGAGAAACUUCUAGCAGCUUCUUGUUUCCUCACAGUCCUGUUCUCCCAGCCCAGCUCACCUCUCCUUAUCCCAGGCUGUUCCUCCUCACACUUCCUGCCACCAGCCACACUGACCUUUUAGGUUCCUGGUGCAACCCCGCUGCAGCCCUCUGCUGACCAGAACUCAACUUCCCAGUGUGGGAGAGGGACACACUUUCCCCUCAAGGUUCCUUCAUCUGUUCUCAGGAGGUUACAUGAGACAGGUUAUCAAGAAAGUAACCAAAUUUAAUACAUACAAACCCCCACGUGCACGAGAGAUACCAAGUGUGGACAAAAGGGGCACAUGCUAACCUGACAAACUGAAGGCCUGCAUGGCAGUCUUGCAAACUCAGAGACCUAAAGUAACACAAAGAUGACCUGAAAUUAAACUUUAAGAGCAAUUAUGAUGGGUAGCUAUGUCCUGGGCAGGUAUCUUCACUGACAAGGUCAACCUUUAACUGCCUAUCUGUCUUUUUGCAUCUAUGAUAACAUAUCCUUGAAAUGUCAGAGUAACUUGUAACUUCUUUUUUCCGGCCCUUCAGGCUCAACCAAAUGCUCUGGGUACCAUAAAUGUCCUUGUUAUUGUUAUCAUCUUAAUUGUUGACUGUUAACUAUCUUGCACCACCUAAGUGCCUUAUCAUUUUACUUUUUAUCCAAUUCCAGAAAUUUCCCUGGUUUGCUUUCUCCCGCCUC